UAACUGUAGACUGGAAUUUCUGCAGUUGCACUACUAUGAUUGAGGCAUUUCGUUGUUUGUGGUCCCAGCUUAUAUUAAACAGAGAGGAUUUUUUCAUAAAUCUUUGCCUCUAGGGCAGAGUUAAGGUUGUUUGGGAACCCUAGCUAUGUGUUUCCAGACAUUAAUGUCUGGAAGCAGCACCAGGAGAGUAAAAAUGGAGGUAUAUGCCUAGGGAGGAUACUAGGAGUAAAUGAAGAAGCCCAAGGGCAGGGUAGGGUUUGUGAGGAUAAGCAUUGGAAGAAGUGGUGGAGUGGAAGCAAAGCUUUUAGGAUGACUGAAAAACAGCCUAGUGAUGAUUUCUUUUAUCUUACUAGUCUCUUUGCACGCUCGCAGGCAGGUAGUUGAAUGGAUAUUGCUUUAUCCAGCACUGCUGUUAGCCAUGAGCUGAGAUACCAACAGCCCUUAGAAGGCAACUGGAGAGUUUUGAGGAUCAAAGUUGGCUGUAGCUUUAUGUGCAGCAACAGUGCUCUUUACACUGGUCUGAUCAACCCAUCACUGCUGCUCAUUUUCUUCCAUCAGUCCUCUGCACCUCAUGUGGCAAACUGGAUCAGCAAGCUUGUAUCCUGGUGAAGAAAAAAUAGUAAUCAUAACUACCCAAAUAUUUUUUUCCAACAUGUGGCUAGCUGAAGGCUGGACUGAGUGGCAGCACACGAAAGCCUUAAGUUGAAGAGGCAAAUGGCCAAGCAUACUUGGAACUUCAGCUUUAAAGCAGCAAAAGGUCAGCGCUUCCUCUAUCAGAGCUGUUUGAACAAUCCAGAUUAAACCUUUUUUUUACUUCAAAUGGCUAAUUUGUGAGCAGGUGGAGCUGGAGUCUCUUUGUCACCACUUCAUUCCCUUAUGGGCCCAUAUGCUUGCUCAGUGCAAGUACUCCUGCCUAACAUAGCGUGUCAGCCAAGGAGCCAGAGCACAUUCCUACCCGCCCCCUAACCUACCUCCCUUCGCUUUCCUGCCUGGAAAGAGAAUAGGGGCCCGUGUGGCACAAGCAGAACAGGCACAGCUGCAUGAACAAUCAGGAAUGUAUAAUUGCUCAUCACUAAGCUGCCAGACUGCCUUAAAAAGGACGUCUGCAGGAUGCUUAAGGUUUGGGGUUUUUUGGGGGGUGGGAGGGAGGUGGAACUCCACCAACCCAAGGGGGGAAAAAGACAAAUUAGUGAAAGCCUUAAACUGGCUUUUCAGCGUGCAUCUGCCUCCCCCCAUCCCUCCUUACUUCGAAGUUCGGCUGCUCUUGCCGCACCGCACUAGCAGAGCCCCGGACCCUGUCCCCACCGCCUCCCCCCGGGCGGCUGUAGGGCCGGAGUUAGAGACUCGUACGACGGCAGCUCGGCCCUGCAGCCCGGCCGGGCCCAGCCCGGUACCCGGCACCGCGGGGAGACCUCUCUGGGCCGGGAAGCGGCAAGAUAGGAAGGCUCAGGCUCAGUUCUAAUUGUACGUGUAGUGGCAGUGACAGGAAACGGCACCUGCCAUCAGCAAUGCUCAAAUCAAAGCCUCUUUAAAAGAAGUAAACGUAAAGAAUAAGAUUUUCACAAGAGCGGUUUCCUUUGCAGACAUUUGGUUUCCCCUCUCAUGUUAACGAGCGAGCGGCGAUGCCCCAUUGAGACUUUAACGGGGCCUUAAUGGCCCGGGCGAGGCGAGGCGCGGCCGCCCAGCCCCGCGGGCAGCGGCCAUCAGGGCCGAGCACCCUGCCCAGAGCUCCGCGCACUCGCCUGGCCGCCCUCAGCCUCGGCGGGCCGGGGCCCGCGGAAGAGCCGCUGCCCCCUCACACCGGCGCGGCCGUCCGCUCCGGGCACCCGAGGCGGCCUUCCCGAGCCGGCGCCGCCGGCCAUGGCGGCCCGCCAGCCGUGGCUGUGGCUGUGGCUGCGGCUGGGCCUGGCCUGGCUGCUGAGCCCGGCGGCGGCGAGCGGCCUGCCCCGGGCCCCCGCGCCGCGGGACGGGGUCCUGGCGGCGGCCCUGCAGCGGCUGCGGGAGGUCUUCGACAUCGAGGAGCUGCCGCCCGACGUGCUGCCCCGCAAGAAGCCGCCCCAGUUCAUGGUGGAGCUCUUCAACAAGGUGGCCGACGCCAACGGCAUCACCCGCGCCCCGGGGCUGCUGCAGGGCGACGUGGUGCGCAGCUUCGAGGACCGAGUUCACGAGGACCGGUACCACUUCUACUUCGACAUCAGCGCGAUGGAGAAGGGCGAGCAGGUGCUGAAAGCCGAGUUCAGGGUCUUCAAGCUGAAGAGGACGCGUGUGUCCGGAAGGUCUGACGUGAAACACUUCUGCAAAGUGGAAGUGUAUGAGCUCUUGGAGAGUGGAAGUAAGCCACAAAAAAGACAUCUCAUUGCAUCAAGAUUAUUGUCCCUGUACACAGAAGGCUGGGAAGUAUUCAACGUCACACAGACCGUUUCCAAGUGGGUUGGAAACAGCAGCUCCGACCAUGGCUUUUUGAUAACUACAACACAUGUAUUCGACAAUAGAAUUGAGCACAACCUGGUUAAGUUUGCUAAGAGCCAGGGCACUUUGCAGGAGAGUAGAAAUGCCCUUCUUGUCCUCUUCACCAACAGUAACAAGCAGAGGUCUUCCAGCUUAGUACCCUCUUUCACAAAACCAGACAUGAACCCUGCCAGAAAUGAUGGUUCACACGUGCCUCAUGAAACUCAGAUCAUCGAAAGCAGCAAUGCAAGUGUGAGCAGGAGACCUCGAGCUGCUGCAAUCCCUUCUGCCAAAAGCCAAGUAACAGCAUGUCAUCGAAGGGAACUCUACGUUGACUUCCGUGCUAUUGGCUGGUCAGGAUGGAUUAUUUACCCAAGUGGAUACAAUGCAUUUUAUUGCAGGGGAUCCUGUCUUUUCCCCCUUGGAGAAAGUCAAAAUGCAACAAACCAUGCUACAGUUCAGUCCAUAGUCCAUACGCUUAAGCUGUCUGAAGAUGUCAGCACACCCUGUUGUGUGCCAGAUGAAUUGAAGUCCCUCAAUCUUCUCUACUUUGAUGACAAAGAGAAUGUGGUCCUUAAAAAUUAUAAAGAUAUGGUGGCAACAAGGUGUGGUUGUCACUAGCAGGACCUUUUUUUGUCAUCAUUUGGCGUGCACCUGGAUUCAGUUCCCCAUUUGCCACUGAAUAUACCAAAGGAGAUGGCAUUUCUGUUUACAGGGGAGGAGAGCCAGAAUCUCAGCUGUGCUUCACAUCCCUCUCCCCUCACCAUGGCUGUGUGGAAAGGUGUUUAAGACUGACUUUUGAAGAGCUGUGGGCUUCUGGAGGGUAUGCUGACCUGCCUGGAGAGCUCUCUGAGUGACUGUACAACAGAGGAAACCAUUAAAAACACGAGCUUGAUGUGUGAAGGAGUUGAAACACAUUAAGUCAAGCAUUCAAAUUAAGGUCUUGUUCUGUAUAUCGAGGCUCAGAAUUUCCAAUGAUUUAACAGGCAUGGUAUUCUGCAUCAAUCCAGGACAGGGUGCAGGUCCCUUAAUAACACAACCUUACUCAGUUUUGACUGCAUGAUCCAGUGGGGAUCAUGCAGUGGGGGACGUACAGUCCUACACAGAGAUUUCAGCAUAAGUGUUUGCCCAGAGCUCAUCUCAGAGGCCUGUACCAUCUGCAGCUCAUGCACUACCCAAAAAUGCACUCCUUUGUCCUGUUCUUUAUGCAGCUCUACCAAAUGCAGAGACCUCCCUGUAAGUCCCUGUGGGACUUCAUACACAAUCCAAGGGAACACAUAGGUCAGUGUUUGUCUGGGAAUUGUCAAACUUUGCUUCCAACUCAGGGCUGCACCUCUGUAUGAUGAAGAUUCAGCCAGUCCCCCUCUGUAAAAUAAUGCUCUUCCACCAUGGCCUGCUGUGGCUGCUCUGCUGUGUGGCAGCAGAGAUUGCCUUUGUGUCUUUAUACAGUGGCUGUACAAUGGGGUCCUAAGCUUGGGUCAGAAUUCCCAUAGCUAAGCAGAAAGAAAGAAGACCACUAAGCUUUGGAGGUCCAUGAGAGCUGAGAGCAUGCUGGAUGCUGGCCUGGUCCUGUAUCUGGUGCAAGAUUGAUGGAAGGUACUCAGUUACUCCCUUCUAUUCUUCCUUGAAGAAUAGGACAGAGACUUGGAAUGGGCUCCCUGAGGUCUUUCAGCCUUGCUACAGUUUAUUGCAGGUAACCAGCCCAUUGCAGUUCCUCAGUCAACUCAUUGAGUUGUAACUUAAUCCUGGUUAGGUUUCUUGUCUCCAUUAAUCCUUCAAGGAGGCUGACUUCUCACAGAAUGUGACAUCUCCCGUGGGUAGAAACUUCCUGGAGAAUUUUUUUACACCAAUAAGAUUAAAAAAAAAAAAAGUUUUUCUUUUUGUAAAUACUGAUGUCUGUAAUAAAUUUAUUUUAUUUAAAACCCAAACACUUGGAGUAUAUUAACUUAAUCUGUAAUA